UUCGUCGUGUCCCUCGAGUAUCCUUCGUCGCCUCCUUUGAACCCUGCCCAGCGGCGUUGGCUUGGCCCUCCCGUAUGCUUCCGCUUGCCUGCACGCGCCUUGGCGUGCGGGGCGCGGUUCGUCCGGGCGUGGUGGGUUUGCGGACCGUGGUGGCGGAUGAGCGGUGUGUGGGUCCUGAGUGCUGUCUGGCUCGUUGCCUCGCGUAAUGAACGGGCGCACCGGACUCUCUUCAUGUGUCGGCUCGAGCGACGAUGCUCGUUCCACGGUUGUGCGGCUCCUGUGUUUCCUACCCCGCGGUGUGGUAUCCCUGCCUUGCCCCAACCUUUCCUCUCUGCAGUCCCAUCGUGGGAUUGCCGGGGGAGUUCCAAGACACGCCCGUGGUCCUACCCGUCUCGGCGCUCUUGUGAGGCAACGGUGGCCUGCGUGCGUGUUCUGUUCUCGCGGGUGCGGUGCACGCGGUCGGGAUGGGGUCUUAGAUCCCCGUCUGUCCCUCAGAUGAUUGGGUUUCUCGGAAAGAUCCCUGCCGCCGUGUCCGUCCAAAGCU